AUGGUAGAUGACCAAAACGGAAGCUUUCUCCACCAGCACCACCCCAACCGUCUCCAGUCCGUCGUCUCUCGUCGUGCUCAUCGUUUAUCGCGACACUCCCAUCCAACAGCCCGCAACCACUACCAUAUCACCAUCUUGGCUCUGAACGACCACAAACGCCUUGCCACCAUUGAUUCUUCUACCCACUCAACCCCUACGCGGGACAUCUCGUCCACCCCAGCCCCGUAUCACGCACCUGUGGAAUUAGCUGAUAUUGCUGGUCGAAGUUCGAGCACAUCCACACCGGCUUUCGCGCACAGGAUCGCCGCAGACGCCUCCGCGGUCACCAGCCUCGUUCCAUCUACCCGCUCCCACUCAGAGUUCGAGGAAGAGAGCAGCGCAGAGCCCGCAGCCUUAUCCCCCGCUCCAGACGCCGAACACUCCAGGGCUCGCAAGAGACAGCGAAUCGCACACUCCAGCCCCCUCCUUUCUCCUCACCGGACUACUCUCGUCGACCAUCCCUCCAGCAGCACCCCGUCCCAAAGCAUGAUGAGACUUUCGGAAGCGGACCGUGACUCGCCUUUGUCCAUCUCGCCCGACAUCUCCGCACAUGCAGGUCCCUCAUCCGUUGCGAGUGGUUCAUUCGACGGCCCCGUCGUGACAAAUGGCCGUACGAACGGCUGCACGCCUGUGACCAAUGGAACGGGGGCUGUGAUGGGGAAUGGCGUCCAGAAACACGGCAAGUCCAUUGCCAAAGUCACCUUACCGGGUACAACCCUCUACGACGAUUCGGAUAUCGACCGGGAAGAGUUUGUGCGUCUUGUCAUUCAGAGUUUACGCGACGUGGGAUAUAUUGAGUCUGCCGCGACCCUGGAAGCCGAGUCAGGAUAUACCAUGGAGAGUCCAGAAGUAUCGCAGUUCCGACAAUACAUACUGGACGGAAUGUGGUCCAAGGCAGAGGCCGCGUUGGAACGGCUGAUGUCUGAGGAAGAUGAGGCACUAUGGGAUGCCAAAUUCUUGAUUAGCCGGCAGAAAUAUUUAGAGCUUGUUGAGUCCAGAAAGCCAACGGCUGCUCUCCAAGUGUUGCGCAACGAACUGGCGCCUCUCAAUGUGGAUUCGGAUCAACUACAUACACUCUCAAGCUUAAUCAUGUGUUCAGAACCAGAAGAUCUACGGAGGAGAGCGGGGUGGGACGGUGCCUCAGGCUCAUCAAGACGUCAGUUACUCGAUACCCUUCACGACUAUAUUCCCUCCGCUGUGAUGAUACCACAACGACGGUUUGCUGCUCUUCUCCAUCAAGCAAGAGCAUAUCAGCGACAGCGAUGCAUCUACCACAAUCCACUUCGGAGCGCUCCAUUUUCCUUAUACUCUGACCAUCGCUGCGAUAGGUCAGACUUUCCCAAGAUUACCACCACUAUUUUGGAAGUGCAUACGGACGAAAUUUGGAACAUUGAAUGGAGCCAUGACGGGGCUUAUCUUGCGAGUGCAAGCAAAGACAAGACUGCGAUCAUCUGGCGAAGAGGUUCAUCAAUUGAUUCUUCCUCGUCGCCGGUGGACUGGUCCGCCCAUCUAAUUCUCCGCGACCAUACAGACCCUGUCGGCUGCCUAGCAUGGUCAUUAGACGACUCUGUUCUUCUCACAAGUGCUGAAUCGACCAUCAAGAUGUGGAACACCAAGACUGGCGUUUGUAUUCGGUCUCUUGAAAACCACCAUACAGACACCGUGACAGCACUCUCAUGGCUUCCAGAUGGAUCAGGCUUCAUCUCGUGCGGAAUGGACCGCAGGAUCACGAUUUGGGAUUCAGAAGGCAGAGUGCGGGAUCCUUGGAGUCUUAUGGCCAUUCGGAUAACAGGCCUCACAAUAACACCCGACUCCAGACAUAUAGUUGCAAUCGGCAUGGAGUAUGCAGCAGGCUAUCCUCCGGCCUCCGACGCACCCCAGUCUAGAGUACAAGCCGGCGAGGCUUCGUCGAAUGCCGGUGGGAAUGCCCUAGUGUCACCACAUAGGAUGAUUGUCGUCGAUUUGGCCACGAAGCAAACACAAUCAUCCAUCCGGCUGGAAGGUGACCUUACGAGCGUCCAAACGUCGCAGGAUUCCCAAUUCGCCCUCAUCAAUCAUGCACCUAACGAAAUUCAACUCUGGGACCUCGAGACUUCACGGGUAGUUCGCACAUACACUGACCUGCAACAAGGUCGGCAUGUUAUCCGAAGUUGUUUCGGCGGCGUCGAUGGCAACUUCGUCGUCAGUGGAAGUGAAGACGGCAAGAUUUAUGUCUGGCAUCGUGAUAGUGGAAUGCUGCUAGAGUGUCUAUCUGGCCAUGGCGAGGGCAGCGUCAAUUCCGUUGCAUGGAAUCCAACGAACGAGCGGAUGUUCGCCUCCUGCUCCGACGACCAGACGAUAAGAAUAUGGGAAGCACCCCCGGUGGAUUUGUACGCCGCCGAACUGCCAGCGGAACAACAUACGAAUUCUUCGUCGUCAUCCUUCGUCGAGAAGGGCAAAGGAAAGAUAAAGCAGCGAGCUGAGGGUGGCGACGUUGAGUCAAGUACGUGGUAG